AUGACAGAAGCAGCCUUACAUCAAACUUCGUCGGUUGCAGCUGUCACUUCUCAGAUGCACCCUACGUGGAGAGUAGACACGCAGCCGGUAGCUGCUACACGGUCAUCUCCUUCUGCUGUAAAAUGUGCAUCUAAUGUCGAAUUUCAUGAUAGUGUAUCUAUAAAUUUGUUUCAAAAUGAAUCACGGCGAAUUAUGGUCGCUAAAAACUCAUCUUAUUUAACAAGUGUAGAAAAAGGAAAUCCUUUUGUUGAUAGUGACGCUGCGAAGGAUGAAUUUGCUAGUUCUUCCGACGAUUAUUUGUCCGAUAAAGCUGAAAUUGUAUUCAGUGAAGAAACCAUAUCUCCAGGAAUUAAAUGGAAAACCUUAAAUGAUUCAGAUGAAGAAACAAGCGAUGGCUCUGACGAGAUUGAUGAAGACACGGAUGAAAAUGAUAAAGCUGAAAUGUCCGACACAGAAACAAAAAAUCUCUUGGAUGACGUAGUUGAGGAUGAAGAUGAAUCUGAUCUUGAAGAUAGUAAAACGCUUAGUAGUGAUAUAGGCUAUACGUCAAAAUGUGUUCAGAAUAAGACUUCUUCUGAAUCACUGUCAUAUUCAUGGUAUGGAAUGUCUGAUGAACAAAGGAUGUAUUAUGUAAAGUGCUUCAACCAUUUAAUGAAAAAAACUCUUGGACAUUAUGAUAUAAAUGGAGCUAUUUGUGGUGCAAAUGAGCAUGUUAUUGACUUUUUUAAACGAAGUGGCUUAAACUGUGAAAAAUUAUCAAAAAUAUGGAGCUUGAGUGACGUUAACGAAGACGGUUAUCUAGAUGUCAACGAAUUUUCAGCUGCAAUGCAUCUUAUUGUUCUGCAUGUAAAGGGCCACAUACCAAUUCCUGAUGUUAUUCCUUUUGAAAUCAGUCCGCCAAUUAUGCCACGUCGAGAUAUAAUGCAAACUAACACUAAUGAAGACAAUAAUAAGCAAAGCAAUGAAGUGCAAGCAGUAAAAGUGAUGCAAGAUUGGAAACAGUUUGAUUUCGAUGAUGCUAAAGCAGGAACAACGUCUGCCCAUCAUUUGCAGCAACAUCAUUCUUUUAGUGAUGAACAUCUACAUGUUCAACCAGAUCCUAUUGAGAAACUAAGCAAUUUUUCGGAUGUACCACCACUUCUUGUUGACGUACGCCCAACAGCACGAAGGCCUACUCAGCCUUUGGUUAAUACAGUUUCGACUAAAACUGGAUCGUAUUAUAUUCCACUAGCUCGUCAUGAUACAGCUUUUACAUUAAGUCCACAGGGACCAAAAGGGCCUCCACCAAAACCACCUCCAAGGUCUGCAAAUAAAGGUCAUGGACGAAGUGCCAGUUUGGACUUAAAUAAUUUUGCUGCAGAAACACCAAGAUUUAAGCCGAGUCUUGCGAUAAAUGAAGCUCAACGUACAGCUUUACAUCCUCAGGGAACAGUACGUUAUCAUCCAUGCAAUUCAUUACCAGCUGAUGUCACACGUUUUUCUACUGUAACUGAGUGGCAAGAUACCAGUUCACCGCGACUUCCAGCUCCACCGUUACCGCCUCGAUUGACAUUUUCUGAUGCUGCUGUACAAACCGAAAAUACCACUCUGUUAUCACGAAGCUUCAGUGAUGGACAAGAACUGAUCGAACUUGAUAUUGAUAUGGAAAAACGGAUCGAAGAACUGCUAGCAGAUGAGAAUAAUGCCAGUGCAGAGAAUAGUACCUCACCAUCGACAAGACAUAUGAAUUGGCGAGUUCGAUGCAAUCAUUUACGCAUUAUGAAUUCUCAUUUAGAAGCAGAACUUGCUAAAUUAGCGCAAAUCAAGUUACAACUUGAGCUGAGGCUUCAGGAAGCAGCUGGAAAUCAACCAUCAAUGAAGCCAACUUCGCUCUGA